AUGGACCAGGGGAAGUGUCUGACCAGCCUCACGCUGGCCAUCUUUCUUCUUCAAGGUACUGUGGCUGAGAAGAAACAAGGAAACAAUUUGGUAGCAGUGGAUGCCAAUCGAGAAGAUGGUUUGGUGCGUUUGACUUGUGAUGUGCAAGCUAAAAGUAUUGAGUGGUUUAAAUAUGAACAGGAAAUAAUCACCUUCAAUACAACUAAACCUCUGGAUCUGGGAAGUAGUACCAAGGACCCUCGAGGAGUGUAUUGGUGCAGAGGAGCACAAAAGAUGUCAAAACAACUCCAAGUAUAUUUUAGAAUGUGUCAGAACUGCAUUGAGCUGAGUGCAGCCACAAUCGCUGGCUUUAUCUUUGCUGAAAUCAUCAGCAUUUUUUUCCUCGCUGUUGGGGUCUACUUCAUUGCUGGGCAGGAUGGAAUUCGUCAGUCACGAGCUUCAGACAAGCAGACUCUGUUGCCCAAUGACCAACUCUACCAGCCCCUCAGGGAUCGAGAAGAUGACCAAUACAGCCACCUUCAAGGAAACCAACUGAAGAAGAACUGAGCUGAGGACUCAGAGCAGCCUUUCUAGUGGGUGUGCUUGAGCCCCUGGGGGACGCACAUGGUCAACUAGCUGGGCUGCAAAACCAAAGGUUGGAGAUUCAAGUCCACUCAGAACACCUUGAAAGAGAGGCCUGGAAAUCUACUUCCAACAAACAUCGGUUGAAAACCCCACGGAACCCAGUCCAUUCUGACACAACGGGGCCCGUGAGUUGAAGCAACGGAACAACAGUUGGUUUUGUUUGGGUUUGACUUUUCUUUGUUCCCCCUCCCUGUGCUUUUCUUUGAAGUAAUGAGAAGUUAGCAUUUCAUUGUAAUUUCAUUUGAAUUUCUAAUGUUAUUUUUUAUGUGAUUAUUUACCACUCACGUAUCAUCUUUGGCAAGAUAUCUAUUCAAAUCUUUUGCCCAUUUUUUAAGAUUGGGUUGGCUUCAGUGGCUUCUCUGGUAUAGUGCUACCUGUAAGGUCAGUGGGUCAACCCUAGCAGACACUCCACAGGAGAAAGCUGAGACUGUCUGCUCCAGUGCCGAUUUACAGCCUUGGAAA